CUGUGGGUGUGCUGAGCCCCCUCCCCCGGCCUGAAAACCUACUAAAAACGAGUACGGGGUUUGUGGUCUGUCUCACAGCGAAUAUAUUGAGGUGUUUGCAGCCAGUUGAAUAAUAAUGACUGGCUCCGACCUACACUGAACACGGCUGAGGUGUUUCUCACUGAAGACGAUGAUAGUGUUGUUAUUGCUGGGUGCCUUUGUUUGUAUGGGCCUGGCAGAGCAGCGUUAUGACGUAGAGUAUGGAGACUCUCUGAACUUACGGGUUCCCAGAAAGCCCAAGUCCUUUGAGUUCACUCGCAAGUUCAGCUCAAAUGUGACCAUCUUGUGGAAAUGGGGUGAACCGUUGACCUCGUUGGACGGAAGGCGGAAAUACACGGGUAUCUUCUUUGAGAUGUAUAAUUUAACUCAGAAAGACAUGGGCCACUAUAGGUUCAGAGGCAAAGAACAGAAUGAACUGUCAACCUACACAAUUGAGGUAAAAGCAAAAACAAAGUCCUUUCAAAAGAGUCCUGGUAAACACCUCCGAUUCUCUGCUAAACUGGAACCAAGCUUCUGCAACGUUUACUUCUUCCCAGAAGGCACACUCAGGUGGAGGAUGUCGGAGGUUGCGAUUGUCCGUCGAGGCAAGCUGCAGAGGCAUUUGGAUGCACUUGGGCUUGUAGGGUUUGAUCUGAAUGAGCCAUGUGGGAUUUACAUUGAGGCCAUACAGAACACAUACAGGGGACGCUAUGAGAUCAGGGAUGAGAAUAAUGACACAGCCUUAGAGGUGUAUCUGCAUGUAGCUGACCCAACCAUUAGGACCUCUGAACUGAAGGCUGGUGCACAACUCAGCUUCAAUUUUGAUCUGGAACCAAACGACUGCAACAUUCACUUCUUCGGAGAGCCAUCGUUUGAUAUAGUUCUUCAUGGCAAGCUGCAAAGGCAUUUGUAUGAAAAUGAUUGCAUAGGAUUUGAACUGAUAAAGCCAUGUGGGAUUUUAAAGGAAGACCUCCAGAUGUCUUGCCAGGGACGCUAUGAGAUCAGGGAUCAGGAUGGCGACACGGCCUUAGUGAUGAUACUAGAAAUGGAGGCACCGCCUGCUGAGCAUUCGGCUAUUGGUAUUAGUAUAGGUGUUUUCUUCUCCUCACUUUUUGUGUGUGUCGUGAGGCGCUGCUGCUGUAAAGGCAGCUCCUCCAAAAACAAGACAUCUGAGCCUGAAGCUGCUGAGCCUGAUGUGCCAUACGAAGAGUACGACCUUGAGCCUGUUCGACUGCAGCCAGAUCAAGUCAGCGAGCCCUCCGGGACCCCUUACCGCUCUCAGCCUCCUCUUACGCCCACCGACCCGCUGAUACACAAUCAUCCUUCUGUGGAGAUGCCACCAACAUAUUCUGAGAUUUUUCCUGCAUCAGGGCAAACAGACGCUCCAACUUUCCCCGUCCACUCUGACCCUGAGCCGCGGUUCGAGGUGAAGGGGAUGACCUUUCCCUCCGCUCCCCCACUCAGUUCAGACUCAACUAUCUCUGCUGUUUAUACCUCGAGUAAACUCAACUUCCUCUGAGAGCCUUGAUUUUGAAAGAUACACUCAAAUGUGUAAGCUCAUUCAUAUUAUGGCAAAGGUUUUGGGAAAUAUUUAUAUUCAUCAGAGGCUUCCUGGACUCUCAGCUAGAAACUGGUCCCAGCCAAGUCCUGUCCAUAAACAACACAGUCUCACGGCAUUUCGUGUUAUAGUCACGAAAUUAAACUAUUGAUUCGUGUUCACCAACAAGAUUUUGCCAUUUUUUUCAAAAGCAAUGUAAAUAAUAACAAAUUAGAAGGAAAAAAAGAUGACAAAAAAUACAAAUUUCAGUAUUCUGAGGCUCUGAGCCCCAUUUAUUUUCCUCGCGGACGGCAAAACAACUCAGAUAUUAUACAAUUUAAAAUAAAAGGGAUAGGGUUAGGCUUAGGGUAAGAUAUUGAGUAAGAAAAUGUUUUUAUGAACCACUCAGCUUCUGGUCUUCCAAGACCCGACCGGACAAAAAGACGUGGUGCAGGCACGAAACAUACUACCAAUAGAAAUACAUUUCUUUUAAAAUCGUUCUAUGUGACACGAAAAAAGGGGAAAAUCGUGUUGGUGAACACGAAUCAAUAGAUUAAAUUAAUUUCGUGACUAUAGCAUUUUAGACAACGCAACCCAGCUAGGCUAGGCUGGCUAGGCUAACCUGCUGCUGGCUGUUAUUUUAGUUUUACAGACCAGAACAUAUGACUUUGUGCCUGAGGAUCACACAUUCCAUACCAAAAGGGAACUUUUACAAUGAUAAAUCUCUCUUUCCUACCUCACUUCAAGGGUGACACUCAAGUAGCUCAUUUGUUUCUCCUAUUUUUGAAUAAAUAGCUUUAAAGUGUCAGGGAUGAACCAUUUACUGCAGCUUAACUGAAUAUGUGUAGGUAGAAAGCAUUCCUAAAGUAGCCUUAAUUGAUGCAAAGCUCUCUGUAUUUACUCCAAUGUGAAUGCUCAGGUUCAUAUGUGCAUUGUGUGCCUCUCUUAGAACAUGUUUACAUGUUUUAAUGUUCAAAAGUGCUUUAUUUUUUCUGAUACUGCCUUUUUUCAUCUUCUGUCUGAAACCAGAGCCCAGUCUUCUCUGAUUGGUUAGCCAUUUACAUGCACACAAACCUAUAAAACACACUCCAGGAAAGGCAUAAUAGGGCCUCUUUAAAAGUUGAAAAGUCCUCAUGUUACUUGAGUUAUUUGGACAUUUGCUUGGCACUCUGCAUGUAAUUCAGCUUGAGUGCAUUUAAAACGUUCAUUUAUUAUACAGUGAAGCGUAUAUGUGAAUUAAAUUAACUUCUGAAGGAGCUGUAGAUGUUUAUGUCUAUUGAUAUGUACUAACCACUGUAUUUCAUUGUCUUAGGGCAAGUCUCAAACACAUACACAGAUUGAAAUGUGCUAAUGUAUAUUAUGUGUCUUGUAAAGUGAUUGUUUGAUAGUAAAAUCACAAGCACCA